GUAAGCCUCGCUCUAGGCUAGCACUUCCUGGUACACCUGCUCCGCAGGUAAGGAAACCGUCGCGAGCGCAGGGAGGAACCGCCAGGCGGAAUAUGGACGGAGUUUUUCCAAACCUGUGACGUAACUUUUUUUUACUGUCCUCCUGUGACCGUUACGAGCGUGGGGCCGUGUUUUAAACUGGACACGAUGCGCGGAGGAGCUCCUGGACGGUGGAAGGUCGUUCUGGUUCCGAGUCUGCUGCUUCUGCUCGCUCCGCAUCUGGUCUUCUCCAUAAAAGUGAGCACUCCAGCAGAGCUCCAUGCAUCUGUAGGCGAUGUUGUCACACUGUCCUGCUCAUUUACCUCCUCCAGCACCCCCACCAGUAAGAUGACCGUAGACUGGAUUUACAGACCCCAGACUGGGGGGGCAUCAGAAACGUUCUUCCACUUCUCUUCACAAGCGUUUCCACCGACGCAAGGUCAGUUCCAGGGUCGUAUUGGCUGGCAGGGAGCCCCAUCACGUGGGGUCGCCUCCAUCUCACUGAGCAACGCCACACUAAAUGAUAAUGGGACAUACACCUGCUCAGUCAGAAACCCUCCUGAUGUCCACGGAUCUCCAACCUCCAAAACUCUACUCACCGUCACACCCAAGAAGUCCAGCAUUCGCUUCUCCGAUGUUUCGGUCCUCAUCGUCUUCAUCCUCAUCCCCUCUGGAAUCCUCACCCUCGUUCUGAUUGGACGAAUGUUCUGUUGCGGGAAUCAACACAGCCAAUCAAAAGCCUACAGAUCAACCAUUGAGGUCACAGAGGGGGAGGAGUAUGAGGCAGUCAGAGAAAAGAGAGCAACAUGCUACGAACGAUGUCUGAUGGAUUCAGAGGAUGAGGAUUACUAUUACCACCAAAAAAAGAGGCAUAGCUUGGAUGAAGAAGACAUUGCUGACUCCCAUGUUUAACUGCUGUUGCAUCCCAGUAGUGCCUGCUCAGAAAUUGUACACCUUACCAACGAAUGCUGGAUUUCUGUCUUUUUAAGGGACACAUCACUCACCCAAACUUACAGCUGAGUUUACUUUUUGGGAGAAAAAUCUCCAGCGUGUCCUUCAGCACAACUAUGAACUGUUUUGGUCCCGCUGAGCUGGAAAAAAAAAAGGGAAUUCUGAAUUCCUGAACUGCGGAUAAGAGGCUUUCUGUUUAUUCUGUCAUCACUAUUUAAUCAGGUGCAAGCUGACCUUGAGCAUGAAAAACGCAGGGUGCUCAGAUAUUUUUAUAUUCUUUUAUGAUUUAACCUACUGCAUGCAACCUUCUUUUUUUCGUAAAGUACUAGAAUUUUGCUUUGUCUAAUUUAUUGCCUGUGUCAGAGCUGCUGGAUGGAUUGUAGAGGAACAUCUAUGUUCCACGUCCUUGAGAGUAAAAGAGAAAGCAGAAAUGCUCAAAUGUUCAAGCCUGAAUCGGCUGAGGCCAACUGUCUGUACAGUACAUUUCAGUUUCCCAGCCUUUCUGGUACUGUUCUUUUUUUCAGCAGUAACGUCUGUGUAGGAUGCACUUUUAUUUUGUAGACAUUUGGUUAUACUCUUAUUGUGGAUGCAGCUGUAGCACGAGAAAAAGGAAAGGAUACAUUUGUGUUUGGAUGAACAGCUUGCUUUUGUUGAUGAAUGUUUUUCCUUUUGCUUAAAUAAAUGUCUUGAUGAGAGAAUUAA